AUGCUGACAUCAAGCUUUAACAUAUUCUACAGUGGAUUCAUGAUCGUAUUUGAUCCGGUAAGUAACUUUACAUAAAGUGAAAGGGCCCGAAGAGGCACGUGUUUCUUUUGAGCCUUAGGGUUUCAGCGUCAUGAGUAUUCGACUGUAUGACAUUGUUGUUUUUAGCGAAUCAUAUCAGACUUCCCACACUACCUUCUAUUCGCACGACCUCUGUUCUUCACUCUUACUAAUGAAUUUUUCCUCCGGCUGAUCAUCUGCAUGUGCUUUGCAAUAACCUACAUACAUGGGACCUUGCCUCCUUUGCAAUUCUUUUUUCGCUACAGGUUGUUAUCAUGCGGCCACACCGAGUACACAGAGUUUUACAAACUGUUUGCUGCUGGUUUUAUUUUCUGGAUUUCCUUUUGCCUUUCCUACCUCGCAGAUUUCGUCGAUACCGAGAUUUUAACGAAUGCAACAUUUUAUAAUGUUCCCGGCUGUGAUCUAACCAAUCAUCCGGCAAUGAGUGCGUUGUAUAAAGUAAGCCAGUAACAGGUUAAUUAAAUUUAUAAUUGUAUUUCAGUCAUCACUUACCUCAAGAAUUCACGAAUUUAUAAUAAGCGCAAUACUGCUUUGCAGCUUCCUUCUUGUUCUGUAUUUGUCUUACAAAACGCUGAAACGACUAAAAACGGGGUCCUUCGCUUCAAGAAAACUCAAUUACGAUCUCAAUCUGGUCUUAUUUUUACAGGUAAGUGGGAUGCACGUUUCCCUAAUUGGUACUGUUUCAGGCAAUGAUGCCUUUCUCCAUGAUUAUCCUACCAGUCUUGUUGCUUGUCUCAGGAUUAGCAAAAAAAGAUUUUCUGCCUUACGUGGCGGUGUCUACAACAGCCGGAAGUAUAGCCAUGCCAGCGUUGGAUGCGUCGAUAAUCUUGUUUGUGCUACCUGCUUUCCGUAAACGGCUGCAGAAAUUCAUCGGAGUGUUGAAAAGUGCACGUGUUCAACGGAUUUCUCAACCCAGCGCUUCCGAGUACACAACCGCAAAUUCAAAAAGAGACAAGUAAAUUGUUGACAAUAGAAUGCCAGACUCAAAAUUUUUGCCUUGUCCCUUUCCAUCGCAAUAAUGUUUCCGAGAAAUUCGUUAAUGACAUAAGCACGCAAGUGUUAAAAGAACCCAUGUUACGGUAAAAUGCAGGACAGCUUUUGUAGCCAAGAUGCCGUGUAUUUGGCUGUAAAGCAUGACCUAUACGCCUUGCACAUUUUUAGAGAAAAGGCGUACAAAACACGGCCUCAUUCUCGGAACAUUACAAAAAACAAAAAGGUCGGCUCUCAAGUCUACCUCGUGGGAAUGCUUAAUUUCUGUAGUUGAAUAAAGAUUUCACCCACACUUCAUUUUCAAGAAGCCAUCGACCAUCACCAAUAUUUUCGCUUGGAUAACCGUACCUUGGCAACUCCACAAAUUGUCGAUGUUUGUCGACUUAAACACCCCGAAGGCCAUGAUUAGGGGCCCGACGUAUGAUCUAUUAUUCCUUGAAUAAAGCAAAAUCUUGGAUAUGACUUAUUGGGACAUUUGUUUCAAUAACACUAAUGAAAUGACCUAUCACCAGCUUCAAUUAUGAUUGGCAACUAUGCAAAUAUGCAUACUCUUUUUAUCCUACAAAUGGCUAAAUAUAAAUCUGUUAUUGCUUUUAUAAGUAGUCUCAUAGAUCUACUGCGAGGGCCUCGCUUCCCUUUAUUCCAUUAAUUUUCCAUCGCUUUCUGUAUCUUUGGUGACCAUGAAGUUUCUACUGCUUAUUGAAACCGCCGCCAAAGAAAGUUUGCUCGAUCAAAAGACAAACUCCCCAAUAAAUAGUUUACGAGUUCUCCUGAACUUUUGUUGCCAUGGAAUAAACUGAAUUACCAUCUGUAAUAUAGGUACGGCUUAUUUACCCUUUCUUGGAAAGUCAAAAAUAGAAAUACGGUCAUUUAAAGAGACCGUAGUACGAAUAUAAAUUUCCUCGGAUAGCCUACACUUCGCGAAGCAAUGUCAUGCUUUUAAUUUAAUGGCUAUCGCUCACGAUGUGUUUUUUAGUUGAAAUGUAAAAACAUUGUGUAACAACUGACACCACAGGCUUGUGAUUGUUCUGCGUAAGUUUAAUUCAUCUGCAAGGAGGCUAAAUGUCACACUUCUUUAUUCCCUGUAGCAACUCUAGCGGAACUGCUGUUGUGAACUUUAUUUCUAACGGCUCUUGUGUGCUUUCAAUUCUGCUCAACCUGAUCGUUUUGUUGUUUUGCAGACAGCAAACACGAUUUCUAAAAUCGUACACAAAUGUCUUAAUGCUGACAUCGGGCUUCAACGUCGCAUAUAGCGUUUACAUGAUUUUUGUGGGAUUUGUAAGUUGAAAACUUUAGUUUGCGCCUAAACAGCUUCGCAAAAAAUGUCUGAGAACGUAAGCGACACUUCGUAAUGUACUAUUUCAGAGAGCUAUAUCCAUUGACAAGCACAGAGUCUUCUUCACGGAUUCCAUGCUAAUAAAGUAUCAAAGCCCACUCCUACAACAAACUGUUCUAGCAGUGCUGUUUGCAUUUCUUUGCGUUCUGGGUACCCUACCCUCGAUGCAGUUCUUUUUUCGCUAUCGGCUUCUAACCAAAGCAACAACCGAAAAUGCUGAAUUUUAUAAAUUAUUUGGACUUAUAAGUGUGCUUUGGUUGAUCUUUCACUUCACAACUUUUAUUGACUUUGAAGAUACCGGCCCUUUAGCUGAGGCUGUUUUCAGCAAUGUUUCUGGAUGCAAUGGAGCCAAUUAUCCGCUAAUAAGCUCUUUGAAUAAGGUAAACUAGGUGAGGGGAGACUUUCAAUCUUUUGUUUUAGGCGACAAUGACAUCAAAAAUUUACGACGCAACUUUGAAUACCAUGCUAUCCGGAAGUUUUGUAAUUGUACUUUACUUUGCAUACAAAACAUUGCGCGUCUUAGAAAGUAAUGACCAUGACCAUGGCACCUCCGGCACAUCGCGUCGACUAAAUUUGGAUAUUAACUUAAUCUUAUUUUUACAGGUAGCUCAUGAACUCAUCAAUAGUUAUUAUAUGUAUAUUUCCUAAUUUAGGCGACAGCACCGUUUUCUCUCCUGAUCUUGCCUGUCGGUUUGUAUGUCUCUGGACUUGUUACGCCGACAAUUUUGCCGUAUCUUGAAGUUGUUGGAAAUGUGGGGAUUAACUGUACGCCCGCCGUGGAUGCAAUUAUCGUACUGUUUGUCCUGCCCGUAUUUCGGCGAAAGUGGCUGAACAUUUUCAGAAUUGGAGGAAGGGCUAUCCAAGUUCAAAAAGUGACUAGUGCGACUGAUGCGUUUAUGACUUCUUAAAAAAAAUAAAGUCUUUGAAAAAAUCGUUGGAUGUUGAGUCUGCUAGAGUCUUUGAGUAUUGCCAGGCCUCUUCAAUUGAUCCUCACUUGUUUGUCAUAAGUUGAAGCCCUAAGCUUGACGCACACUACAGCAUACUUCUUUACGCCAAGUCGCUGAAUUAAGGAACAAUUUGCUUGUAAGAUUUCAUACCACAAAUACACACUGUGUUUAAUAGCCAGUUCUUGACCGAACAAUGUCUCCUGUUUAAGGCAGAAUACUGUCACCGAUGGCGUUUGCCAAACAGAUGGGGGUGGUAUUGUACUAAUUGAAUUAAUAUGACUUUUAGUUCGUUUUGUACAUUAAACUUUGAGCUAUAUUGCCAGCUGUACAUAAAAUCAGAGCCUUCAACAACUUUAAAUUUUCAUGCAAACUUGCUGUAUUAGCUACAGCAAGAAAAUUGUGAUGUAUAUUGUGCUAUAAUAUAAAGUAAGAUACGGUAUAUAAAUGAACACUUAAACUUUUAAUCAGGAUUAAUACUACAGUUGUAUUCCAGAAUUGUAAUCUCCACCUUCAUCGCGGGUUUACUGUAGACAUGACGUAACUGUAUAGAUUGUUAGUCCGGGGACCUAUUUCUAACUACGAAUUUUAUAAUAGCUUAGCUUUUACAAUUUUUCGUGAAAAACACACUGCCAGCCAGUCGUACAUUAAGCAUAUAUUUGAAUAAAAUGGUUGAGUUCUUUAUUCCCUGUAACAAAAGCAUUGAAACUACGAUCUACAACAUCAUAAUCAAUCUGAUUCUGCUUUCUUCAGUCGGCCUAAACUCUCUUGUUUUGUAUAUUAGCCUACAACAGAAAAAACGAUUGCAGCUGUAUACUAAGAUUAUUACUGUAACUGCGAGUUAUAAUAUUUUCUAUACCGUUUUGAUGAGCUUGAUUGGAAUGGUGAGUUGUGUUUGAAUCGGAAUACAUAGGCUACACAAUGACUGACUCUGAACAAAUGAAGCCUAAACUUGUUACCAAUUUAUUUUGCAAAAUCUAGCUGGUCUUACUUCUUUAAAGAUAUUGUUUUAAGUUUUAGAGGACUUUACCGUAUCGCCCAUACGACGUCUUCUUUACUAACCCUCCGUUUUUCACAUAUUCUAACGACAAGAUCCAGAAGCUGGCAUUGAUGCUGUGCUACACGAUAGUUUACAUCCACACAACUCUGCCAGCCACUGAGUUCUUUUUUCGGUAUAAACUCCUAACAAACCCUCAUACAGAAUACGAUCUAUUUUAUAAACUAUUGGCAUCUUCCAUUGUCUUCUGGAUACUUUAUGGUUCAACCUAUACGACCGACUAUCAAGCCACAAGUGGUUUGCAAGAAAUGGUCUUUGGGAAUAUUAGCGGAUGCGAAGGAAAUAAACUGCCAGUCUUCAGCGUCAUGGAUAAGGUAACUUACUUAGAAAUUAUCUUUGUUAGCUCAUUAGUAACUCUUCUUUGAUAGGAAAAGAAUAAAUUUAAAUUUAUAUUUAUUUUCUGUCUUACCUAGUUCAAGAUUGCCUUUUUCCUUCCUAUUGUGGAAAUACUGACCAUUCUGAAAUUUUAGACGACUUUUGGGUGUUUGAUGCAUGACAUUACCCUGAGUAGUCUCCUCUCCGCCAAUUUUGUUAUUGUAGUUGUUUACGCGUACCGGACAUGGAAGAAAUUGGGAGAAGACGACAUGCGUGUGGUAAUUUCAACGAGGAAAUUGAAUGCAGACAUCAACUUGGUUUUGUUUUUGCAGGUACGUGUUGUUGACAUACGACUUUACUAUUCAUUACGAAGGGUUUGAAAUCGCAACAAUACGUCAAGAAUUUAGCUAGCGUGGAAGAAUGCAUCGCGCGCUUAGCGUUGCGCCUCAAUCUAGGAUUUUACAGAAUAAAUUCCGUCCAAAGAAGACAAAUUAUUCAACUGCUUCCUUUGUUGUUCUAUCAAGUAAUAAUCAUAAAAUUUUAGGCUUCCCUUCCAUUUUCCUUUCUCAUGCUUCCAAUUGGACUCUACGUUUCGGGGAUCGUAACCAACGACGCCUUGCCAUACAUAUCGAUCAUUGGCACUACCGGAUCAAACCUAAUCCCUGCCUUGGACGCGUUUAUUGUGCUUUUCGUCCUUCCGGCAUUCCGGUCUAAAAUCCUUCACAUACUUCAAAUUGGAAAGCGACAAAAUCAAGUCGAUAAGAGCAAUAUCCUUGAUGGUGUUACCUUUGUCCACCGUACUUCAUAUUAA